UUUAAAUAACCCAUUUUGUGAUUAGUCUUCAAACAGCAAUGAUGAUUGAUUUCCUACACGUUAAAUCUUUCUUUUGGUAUAUCUUGGUAUUGUACUGUUUCAUGGUUGCUUUUACACAAGCUUCUAUUCACGAGGAGGCGUGUCAUAAUGGGGCCAACUGGUUUCAAGACAAUACAUGGACAAGUAGGGCCUGUGCAUAUGUGAAACAACGUUCGCAAUGGAGCACUCAUUAUUUCAGAGAAAUCUGUAUUUUGCAAGAUACUGACAUAGCCGAUUUCAAAUGGUGUUGCGAGAAUUCCUUUCAAUGCUCAAAAAACAGCCAAAGGCACUGAACCUUGAGCUUUCGAAAUUAACGGUCAUUAAAAU